CGGUUUCGGUUUCUGUUUCAGUUCCAGAGCAGAGUCGACCAGUUGAGCUUUUGCAGCGAUCGCGUGCGGCUGGCUCGGGCUCCCGUUGUUUCGUCUUUUCUCAUCGUGCCGUGUCUUUUCCGCGUGUGAUUCCACCGUAUACCGUUCUCGCUCUCUCCAAGCUUUGUAUACGAGUGUUUGCAGUUGCAGUUGCAGUUGCAGUUGCAGUUGCAUUUGCACUGAUAGCAAUCAGCCUUUGAGUCGGAAUCGGCCCGUCUAAUGCGACAGUGGAGCAUCGAGCGUCUGUCCCCGACGCAGGUCGCGUAAAAUGUCCGUGUGUGCCCUAACCCAACCCCAACAGAAGCAAAAACAAAAGCAGAAGUCGCCACCGCAAGCCACGCGCUCGCCCCGAUCUGGUCCUGGUGCUGGUGCUGGUGCCGGUGCCGGGAAGCCUUUGCUGACACCACUAUCCGCUGGUGGAUCGCUGCCACUCCAGAGCUCGACCCUGAAACAUAAUCAGAUACCGCCCACGCCGCCGCCAUCGCCCCAGGUCCGCAUCUACGAGGACUUUGACAGGAUGAGCGCCAAGGAGGUGUACUACAAUGAGGCGGGGAAGAAGGUGACCGUCAAGCUGCUCCACUUCCCGGACAUGUCGCCCGAGGACAUAGCCAAGCUGCGCUUCGACGACGAGGAGAACGACGACGAUGACGACGAGGAUGAUGCCGAGGACAGCGAUGCGCCCAAGAAGGCGGCCGCAGACAGCGAUGCGGAUGCGGGCAGCGAGGCGGAGACCAACAAUGGCCACCCAGAGGCCCACACCGCCGGUGGCACCAGCAGCUCCGGCACCACCACCACCGGAGCGCCAUCCGCCACCGUCAAGAAGCUCUUCCGCCGCAAGCUCUCCGGCAACAACAUGCAGUCGCGUAAAUGCAGCCUGGCCUUUGCGCAGGCCCACGGCAUCCGGCAGCGGGCAGAGAAGAAGCUCUCGAUGCCGACCAUCAGCAUCACGGCCAACUCGGGCGACCAUGUGGCGCAUAACGUGAACCUCAAUCUGAAUCUGGCCGGCAGCCGGAAGCUCUCGCAGCAACACUCGCUGCCCCUGGGGGGCUCUGGUUCGGGUUCAGGUUCCCCCACAUCACCCACGGGGCUGGGUCUGGGACUGGGACCUAGGCGUUCCCACUCGCCGCUGGGCCAGAGUCUGUGUCCGGGCUACAUCCAGUACUCCAAGUCGUUGCUAGAGGUGCCCAUGCCGCGGGACUAUGGGUAUGCCAGCAGCGAUGACCUGAGCUCCGAGUGGGACUCGGAUGUCUCCACAUCGGGGGCCCCGGACGCCUCCUCCGGCUCGACAUCAGCGACGGCGGCUGGCGGUGGCGGGGUACCAGGCACAAAGAAGAGCUCUGGCUGGCGGAAGAUCCGCAACAUUGUGCAAUGGACGCCCUUCUUUCAGACGUACAAGAAGCAGCGCUAUCCAUGGGUCCAACUGGCCGGGCAUCAGGGCAACUUCAAGGCCGGUCCUGAGCCGGGCACCGUCCUCAAGAAGCUUUGCCCCAAAGAAGAGGAGUGUUUUCAGAUCCUUAUGCAGGACCUGCUCCGGCCCUAUGUGCCCGUCUUUAAGGGUCAGGUGACCAGCGAAGAUGGUGACCCAGUUUACUUGCAGCUCCAGGAUCUGCUGAGCGACUAUGUCCAGCCAUGCGUGAUGGACUGCAAGGUGGGUGUGCGCACCUACCUCGAGGAGGAGCUGUCCAAGGCCAAGGAGAAGCCCAAGCUGCGCAAGGACAUGUACGACAAGAUGAUCCAGAUAGACGCCCAGGCCCCCACACUGGAGGAGCACGCGGCCAAGGCGGUGACCAAGCCCCGGUACAUGGUCUGGCGUGAGACCAUCUCCAGCACGGCUACGCUGGGCUUUCGCAUCGAGGGUAUCAAGAAGAGCGAUGGCACCAGUUCCAAAGAUUUCAAAACGACAAAGUCACGCGAACAAAUCAAGCUGGCCUUCAUGGAGUUCCUCAGCGGCCAUGCCCAGAUUCUGCCGCGUUAUAUUCAGCGUCUGCGCGCCAUCCGCGCCACUCUGGCCGUAUCAGAGUUCUUCCAGACGCACGAGGUGAUCGGUAGCUCCCUCCUGUUUGUCCACGACCAUAACCAUGCCAGCAUCUGGCUGAUCGACUUUGCCAAGACGGUGUCCCUGCCCCCCGAGCUGCACAUCGACCACUAUUCGGCCUGGAAGGUGGGCAACCAUGAGGAUGGCUACCUGAUUGGCAUCAACAAUCUCAUUGAUAUAUUCGUCGAGCUGCAGGCGGCCCUGGAAAAGGACGCAGAACCAUCCAGCAAUGAUGCCUCUGCUACUGCGGAGGAUGGUGCAGCAGGAGGAGCCGAUGAGUAAACCCAAAUUCGUUGGAGCAUCGGAGGUGACGGGGCUGAGCCCCUGAGACAAAUGCAAUCUGAGUUGCACGAAACACAAUUACACGAUUGAAUAUUCCCCCAAAACCUAAGUUUAGGCUAGAAAAUAGUUAUCUUCUACGACAACUAUUUUUUUUGUUUUUUUUUAUAAACUACAUACGUUUAACCCGUUAAAUUUAAAGAAAAAGACUGAAACAGAAUAUACCUAUACGAUAGACCAAGAGCUUGGCCUUGCUGUUCGGUAGAGUAAUUUAUUUAUGAAAGAUUCACAUUCUAAGCCGCGGCAUGGCACCCCCUCGAACCACGAAUACAUGUAGCAAAAAUUUAAAUCAACCAGAAUUAUAAUAUGUACGCAUAAUGUUAAAGCAGUUUAGUUUUAGUGUUAUUAAUGUAACGUUAAUGCGAUUACCUACUAAAUACAUACUAAUUGUGCACUAUUAAAUUCAGUUCGAAUCCGAAUCUUC